AACAAACACACGGGGCCUUAGAAGAAAGACGCACUUCCUCCUUGGCCUGGGACCUCGAAAAGGCAUUCAUUUCCUCCGAAGAGUGACAUCAUUAUCCGCAGUAUAAUUAUCGGUCUUGCGAUAGAGCCAGAUUGCAGUGUCUGUUUCCUCUUUUUACAGUAUUAUGUAAAAUGACGGGGGUUCUUGGGAAACGAAUUUCCUCUUAGAAACCUGGGAUUAGCUAAUGUGGUUCCUCAGGUUUUCGUUGUAAUGAUUAUUUUAAAUAGUAUGAAAUGCGUCGAGGGAAUGUUGUUGCCUCAUUUGAUCAGUUAUAGACACUACGACGAAUAGAAUGUUGAUGUAAUAUACUGAUGAUAGAUUUAUUUAACUGCAACAAGAUACACAAAGGGAAUGGGGUAGCUGUGCACUAAAAUGACAAAAACUAUAUUCAAAUACACGCAGUGGCGAAGGGGAUAGGUAUAUACUACAAAAGGGGGAAAUCUAUAUGUAUUUUCUGCACUGAAGAGAAAGAGUUCUGUAGUCUCGAGUGUUCCCUGCAGAGGGUCCCCUGACCACCCGACGUCCACUUCCCUUUACAUUAUGCCUGUUGAUAUUUUAUUGCUUUUGUCAUGCCAGGUAAAACGCGUUUUAGUCCUAUACAUGUUAUUGAGCAGUAUCAUUCUGAUUUUGCUCUCUCCUUUGGUCGAAACUGUCUAAACUUUAAUUGGGUUAAUAUUUCUCUUGAUUGUUUUGUGUGUAUAAUGAAUGGCUACCAGUCAGGUUCUUAGCGUUAAGCAACGAGGGUAGCGGGUGUCUGGUGACACAGGAGUGUAGUGUGCUCAUGGCUCCGCAGGCUGAGGGAGGCUUUGCCGUGGGGCCACAUGACCGCGAGUGUGAGCGCGAGCGAGACCGAGGCCCUCGCGCCCGCCCGCGACAGCGCCCACGCACCAUCCACAUCGAUGUCUACUGUAGCAGCUCCUCCGAGGUGGAGUCCUCCACUCCGUCGUCGCCGGUCUCCGACGACAGCCUAGAGUCAGGGCCGCGGCGCCCCCAGGCCGUGGUAGCCCUCGGCUCGAAGCAACGCAAGAAGACGGAGCUCAACCUGGGGCGCCGCCACGAACACCCGCUGGAGGAGAAGGCGUCGAGCUUCGUGUAUUCCCGGGGCCGCCGCCACAGCCACAGCGGGCGCAGGUCGGCCUUCAUCACGGACGAUGUGCUCACCCUGUCCUCGUCGCCGCCGCCGUCACAGGACAGGGGGUCGCUGCGUUCGCACGAGGCUGUGUCUGCGCCUCCGACAGUAGGAUUCCGACGCAGUCCAAGCACGACGCCCACGCCAGGUCAGCAAUCCCCGCUGCCGAUGCCUGCUCCCCCGGCGGUAAGACCAGCUACCCUGACGGUUCCUACCUCACCUCCGCCUCAGCCGACGGAGAUCUCAGGUAUCCAGCCACGCAGCAGGCACUCCAGUCUGUCCUACCUCAGUAGUCCACUAGAAGCUUGGGAAGGAGAGCCAGAGCCAGAGUUGCCGUCCUCGGCGCUCUCUUGGCGCGGCAGUGAGUUCGAAACCUCAACCCCGCGUCUCACGGGCGACCUCGACUUGCCGUCACCGCGCCCCACCUCAGAGCUGUCUCUGUCUUCCCUGCACGAAGCAUUUUAUGAGGCGGAGUCCGAUAUGCUGGAGAUGCCCAGCAGCAGCAGCGGCCUUCAGGACUCCCCCAAGCAGUGGCGGUCGCCGCAGCUCGAGCGCCAGCGCUACAUCCAGAAGGGCCAAGAAGACCGGUAUCGCGAAACCCUGCGGCGACGCGCUCUGAUGGAGGCAGAGCGGCCGCACACCGCCACGCCGCCCAACAUCGUGGAACUAGCCAGAUUACCUGCAUUUAGUGAAUUUUCCAAGGAGGAACUGAAAGUCAUUUCCAAAUCACUAGAGAGACGUGAAUCUGUACAGGCUGCAGAUCAAGAAGGGUCAUACCGCCUUGAGGAAAAAAAGGAAUCUUUUAAGCCAACCGAACGCAAGGAUUCGAACCGACUCCUUGAAUGGAUGCAACAAUAUAAGGAACAAGAAAAGCGCGAUUCCCAGAGGAAGAAGGAUCAGGCAGAGGCCUGGGUUCAUCCUCACACGGAAGUUGGUAGGAGAGUUGAACGAGCAGACUCUCUUGGUACUGUAGAGAGUAGAGAGUUUCGCGGAAGUACGGAGAGGAGGAGGUCUUCCUUCUCCCGUGACAGAAGUGUGGAUAGGAAGAGAGAUUCGUCAGCUAGCCUUGAAAGGCAGGGUUCACUGCGGUCUCAGGAGCUGAGGGAACUUAUGAGUCAUCUUGAAAAGAAGGAUUCCCAUCAGUUCUUAGAAAGGAAAGAUUCAGGUAGAUCUCUUGAGAGAAAAGACUCAUUUAAGGCAAGAGAUAAGAGAGAGUAUUAUUGUGCACUUGAGAGAAGGGAUUCUGGUCGAACGGUUGAGCGCAGAGAUUCUUCAAGGUCACUCGAACGCUGGGACUCUGGAAGAGGUUUAGAGAGAAGGGAUUCCGGUAGGUCACUGACCCGUACAAGUUCUGGCAGAUAUGUUGAAAGAAGAGACUCAGGCAGGUCUGUAGAAUUAAGAGAUUCGGGUAGAUGUAUAGGAAGAAGUGAUUCUGGCAGGUCUGUUGACAGAAGAGAUUCAGGAAGGGUAUAUGAGGGUAAAAGAAAAGAUCUUGCAGAGGCUUCAGACAGAGGAGAUUCCAGGUAUGAUGAAGCUGAGGAGGGAGGAAGGCGUUCGCCUGAGAGAAAAAGGUCGUUUUUAGAACAGCUUCUUGAAAGAGAGGAAUCUUCUCGGUCUGAUUCUGUUGAGUGGCAAGAUGUCGUCUCGACAGUGAGGAGACGUUUGUCUGCUUGUGCUAAACAGAGUGCCGAAGCAGCCUCGCCCCAAUCUCCACAGUCUGAGAUUCCUCCUCAGAUGCCUUCACAUGAGCGAACUGCAACAACACUAUAUGGUGAAGAGACAGUGUCACAGCUGCCAGGACAUGAGCUGGGGCACAGAAGGGAAAGCAGUGCCUUUGAGGAAUAUAGUGAACCCCGUACAACUACUGUUGGAGGAAGAUUUAUUAAUAUUGGAUUGUUUCGGCACCUGCCAAGGUUCCCUUUCAGCCAAACCGUGCCUGUUCCUGCAUCACGGUUAAUGGAAGCUCGGACUACAUGUAUCCCAGAGCAGCGUAAGUUUGUUAGACCCCAGUUGUUUGGAGAAUUGAGGCUCUCAUACCCAAAGCGUAGAGGUAUUCAUUUUGGGCCACCACGCAAUCCCCAGUGCUCUUGUGAAAACUGCCGUAGUUGGUCAGAGGCAUCAUCUAAUGGCCAGCUGGCAGGCAGUCGGUUACGAGCUUGGUCAUUAACUGACCUGGGAGCUGACAGUAGUGGCAUAAUGCUCCCUCAACUUCCUGGCUCCUACCCUGGCACCUCACUCUCCCGUAACAACAGCAAUGCCAGCGACAGCGCAGCUAUCUCCCAUGCCCAGCAGAGGCUGGAGGAAAGCAGCCAUAAGCUGGAUUUGAUUCGACUCUCCCUGGAGCGGCUACGGGGAGACUUACCGCAUGGCUCCAUUAUGGCCGGGGAGUUUCUGAGUCACGGUUCAUGCUCUGUGAAGCGGGAGUUGGAGAACUCGCUAUCUGCGUCUCCCUCACCGGCCAAUUACACAAGCCUCUACGACAAAGAGAACUACCCCAGCCGUCGCUCACAAGCUCUACAUAGUAAGGGCGCUGCCGUCACUGGCAAACUAGAAGUAAGAUUGAUUGGUGUACAAGACCUCCUGGAAGAUGUUCCAGGCCGGUCCCGCCGAGACUCCCACUCCGGACCCUCAGACCUUAAAUCUUUUAUGAAAGGUGUCACAGGAAAAUCGUCAAAGUCCUACUCUGUCAAAGACGAAAUUUCUAAUGAGGUAAUGGCAGUACUAAAAUUAGACAACAAUAAAGUGGUUGGCCAAACAAGCUGGAAACCUUGCUCUCAGUCGGCAUGGGACCAGAGAUUUAGCAUUGAUUUAGAUAAGUCGAGAGAUUUAGAGAUUGAUAUUUACUGGCGAGAUUGGCGGUCGCUAUGUGCAGUAAAGUUCCUACGACUGGAAGAGUUCAUUGAUGAUGUUAGACAUGGCAUGGCACUCCAGCUAGAACCAAAGGGACUUCUUUUUACUGAGAUCAAAUUCCUGAAUCCCAUGAUCUCGCGCAAGCCCAAGCUGCAGCGACAAAAGAAGCUGUUCAUGCAGAAAGGAAAGGUGCUGCGACCCAAUCAGAUGAACAUCAAUGUAGCCGCUUGGGGGAGACUCAUUAAAAAUAUUCAACCCAGCCAUGAGCCUGUCCAUCUCUCGUACUCAGGAGGUCACACGGGAGCCAUUACAAGUGCAAGCUCUGCCACGCCCAUCACACCUGGUCCCAGAACGGUUCCUACUCGACUGGACUUUGAUAGCGAGAAGACUCCCGGAGAAGUGUGUCAACAUCGCCCACUGGCCCUGUCAGAGGUGCGGCCGCUCAACAUGGGGGUGGUAUCGCCUCCCCAAGUUCCCGCUCACCUGGAGUCCCCUUCUGUGGCUCCUCCUCCUCCUUCCAUUACUUUCGGUGCCCCAACACAAACCCAGCAGCUUCCUUCCACACCUGCACUUAUGACUGUAUACCCAACCCCUCAUGGCUCAGUCUAUGACGAACCUGCACAUGGCACGCCAUCCACUCCUGCUCACCAUAGUGUCUUCCCAGUCACACAGACACCCACCAUCCACCCUGCUCACUCCAUCACUGUCCAGGUGGCUAAAAGGCCUACAUCAACACCUCCUCCACCGCCUCCAAGGCCACAUUCUGGCACUGUCACCAUCUCCGUACCAGCAUCACCCGUAGAAUCCGACGUUAAGAAUGCGCUGAACGAGUUCAACUUCCUGCACGAAGGGGACGCGGUCGAUCUCGGCGUGGUCGCUCCCGCGGCCCCUGUCGAGGGCCAGGUCAGUAUCGAAGAGGUAGAGGAGGAGGAGGAGGUGGAGGACCUUGCGGAGGGAAGCACCCGCUCCUGCUCUCGUACCCGCUCGUCCUCCCCGCCCUCCUACCAUGUCCACCUGCCAGACGACCAGGUUGGCGGCCGUGAUGUGGACGAGGUCCGGACGCGACGACUGCCGCUGUCCCGGUUCGACCGCGACCGGGACUCGGCGUAUGAGACCUACCGCAACUCCCAGUAUGGCUCCAUGGGCAUGGACCAGUUCCGUCUUAUCUCCGUACUGGGCCGUGGUCACUUCGGCAAGGUCAUACUGGGUCAGUACAAGAACACGGGCGAGUACUUCGCCAUCAAGGCUCUCAAGAAGGGCGACAUCAUCGCUCGCGACGAAGUGGAGAGCCUACUGGCCGAGAAGCGCAUCUUCGAGGUGGCCAACUCCGUCAGGCAUCCCUUCCUCGUCAACCUCUUCGCAUGCUUCCAAACUGAGAGUCACGUGUGUUUUGUUAUGGAGUAUGCUGCUGGUGGCGACCUCAUGAUGCACAUCCACGCCGACGUGUUCGACGAGCCCCGCGCCGUGUUCUACGCCGCCUGCGUCGUCCUCGGCCUGCAGUAUCUCCAUGACAACAAGAUCAUCUACCGUGAUCUCAAGCUAGACAAUCUCCUCUUGGACACGGAGGGGUACGUCAAGAUCGCCGACUUCGGGCUGUGCAAGGAAGGCAUGGGCUACGGCGACCGGACCGGCACCUUCUGCGGCACGCCCGAGUUCCUGGCGCCCGAGGUGCUCACCGAGACCUCGUACACGCGCGCCGUCGACUGGUGGGGUCUGGGCGUCCUCAUCUUCGAGAUGCUGGUUGGGGAGUCUCCGUUCCCCGGUGACGACGAAGAAGAAGUGUUUGAUAGCAUUGUAAACGAUGAAGUGAGGUACCCACGGUUCCUCUCCAUCGAGGCCGUGGCUAUCAUGCGUAAACUACUCCGCAAGCACCCAGACAGACGCCUAGGAGCUAGUGAGAAAGAUGCAGAAGAUGUCAAGAAACAGCAGUUCUUCCGUAAUGUUAUAUGGGAUGAUCUUUUACAACGCAAGGUCAAGCCUCCAUUCGUGCCCACGGUGACAUCGCCAGAGGACGUGAGCAACUUCGACGAAGAAUUCACCACUGAGAAACCUGUCUUGACGCCACCCAAAGAUCCUCGCCAUCUGAACGACACAGACCAGACCCUCUUCAAAGAUUUCAACUACAUGGCUGACUGGUGCUGAGCGCGGCAUGACGCCAGGAGGGCAAUCUCAGUGGAGGGCCUCGCGCCCCGACCGCCCGCCGGCCGGGCCGUGCGUAUCUCGACGAGGAAUCUGAUGUCUGGAGCAGCUCACUCAUGGCAGCAGCAGCAGCAGCAGCAGCUGGUCGUAUGGCUGUUAGCCUUCCCCUGAUUCCGAGGGGGAGGCAUAGCUUGCUUAAAGCAGCAGCAGCACCUGUGAGAGGCAGGCGUGGCAGAUGCAGACACGUUCCCUCAGUGCAAAGACCUGUCGCCACCUCGAGGGUUCUGCUAAGGAUCUGGAGGGUAUCUUUGUGUUACCUUCUUGAAUCCUGUGGUUUUUCAAACACACGGGAUGCUCUGCUUACCACUCCUGGCCUGUCCUGACCUCACACCACAUGGUUGUACAUACGCCACAUCUCUCUUCUCUUUGAUAAACAUCUGUCGCCGUAAAUAGUACUAAUCCCCUGUUAGUUUGUCGCCGGCUCAACUGGUAGUCCGGAAGUUUAGCCGCCAUGUUCGCUUGCCCACGUGACCACUAACUUAAGGUUGGGAAGUGACGGGUUGUAAGCCACCACUGUGAUCACUCCUGCUGUUGGAGGCUUUAAAGUCAACACAUGGGAACAUGUCCCCCUUCGAUUUUUUACUUUUUCAAUCAUUACCAAUCGAUUUGGACACUUCAAGAUUUUUAUGAGCUUUUUAAAUUAACGAAUGCCCGUCCAAAUUUUAGAACCUUUUAUUGUGAUAACCUGUGGCCUUUCCUGUUGUUAACUUCUGAAUGCAACUAUUUAUUCAUAUUGUGAUAUGUACUUUUAUGCAUCGUCGACUUCACAAAGGUCCCAGUUCCUCCUCCUUUUUUGGAAUACUCACUUCACACUCAUCCCGAAAAUUCGAUUAGGAAUUUAUCAGGAAUAUAGUGGAGCCCUGGGAAGAAGGGUCCAGAAGUACGUUGUGAGCACUGCAUGUGAGGUAGCGCAUUAUCCCCCCUCCUUGUCCUUUUUCCCUCUCUCCCUCGCCCACCCCGUCUCAUCUUCACGCCUUCCCUCCCCUCCCUCCCCUCCCCCUCAAUUUAGUCCGUAGUCAGAAGCCAACCUCCAUUGCGGCGGGUCCCUGCGGUGUGGCAAGGCGUCCGCGUGCACACACACACACAAAUGUUUUUAAUGCUCAGUUUUAAUUGCCACAUCAGUGUGCAGGUUAGCCUUUUCUUUUGUAGAAGGCGUGGUCCGACGGCGCCAUGGGGCAGGGACCCGUCACUUGAUUUUUCAUUUCACAUACUCCAGUGAUUCUUGACAUUGUAGGGAUGCCUAGUGUAAAUUAAACGUGAUGAUCCUGUAGGAUAUAAAUAUUUUAAAUACUAUAAUGAAUUUUUUUGAGAAAUCGGUCAUGUAUAUUUUAAUAGUGACUGUUGAACACUUUGUCCUGGUAGCAAGAAGUUGAAAAAGCAAUGAUGGACAUUAUAUUUAUUUUUUGGUUUUGUCUUUGUUCAUUAUCAUAAUUCUUAUUAUUAUUGUUAUUAUUAUUAUUGUAAAUAGUAAUAAUGAUGAUGAUACUGUUGUUUUAGUUGCUGCCAAAUAUCCAAUGUUGCCAUAACAACUGCAUCUGCUAAAGUAAAAAAAAUAUGAAUAGAAGGAAAAGACCAUCUUUAAUCAAAACCGUUAUUUUCAGACAAUUAUUUUGCGUUUUCCGAUCUGCUCGAAUGAUUUGGAAUGUAUUUUUACAAGUGUAUGAUGAGUCAGAUUUGAGUCUGAUAUUAUUUUGCUUGAAUUAGGAUUGUGUAUGAUAUUUAUAGGACUUGUGUUCUGUUCUCCAGUGCUUGUCUCUGUUCAUAACUUAUUUUAGGUGUAGAUGUGUCCCUGCAGAUUAGGGACGCCACAACUGUUAGGCUUGUACAGAUGGUUAAACAAUCGUGUAAGGGUUAACAAUCUGUUUUGUAGCUAUUAUGUCUUCAAUAAAUUUAUACAUAUAUUUUA